GGGAUGUACUUGGCUUUAUCAAUUCAUCCUUAACACCAGUAGUUAAAGAACUAGACAUCUGAGAGCAUAUUUCAUUCAUUGCUCAUUUUUGCUAGUUUUUGCUUUCAGAUUUGUGUUUCUGGUUCUGUGAAAAUGGGGAAGUUUAAGAAUGCAAGUGUGUUUGGUUUAAUGUUGAUUGUUGUUGUGGUGUUGUGCGCUGGUAACACACAAGGAAGAAAGCUUGAGAAGGAAACGUAUGGAGGUGGAGGAAUUGGUGGAGGUGGAGGGCUUGGUGGUGGUUCAGGAGGUGGUCUUGGUGGAGGAUUUGGUAAAGGUGGUGGAGUAGGAAUUGGAUCAGGUGGUGGUGCUGGAGGAGGCUUUGGCGGAGGCGGUGGUGCUGGUGGAGGACUUGGUCAUGGUAGAGGAAGUGGCAUUGGAGGAGGAUUUGGUAAAGGUGGUGGAGUAGGAAUUGGUUCAGGUGGUGGUGCUGGAGGAGGCUUUGGCGGAGGUGCCGGUGGAGGUGGAGGACUUGGUGGUGGUUCAGGAGGUGGUAUUGGAGGAGGUGCUGGAGGUGGUCUUGGUGGAGGAUAUGGGGGAGGUGCUGGUGGAGGUGGUGGUUCAGGAGGUGGUCUUGGUGGAGGAUAUGGGGGUGGUGCUGGAGGUGGUGCCGGAGGUGGUUCAGGAGGAGGUCUUGGUGGAGGAUACGGAGGUGGAGCUGGAGGUGGUGCCGGAGGUGGUUCAGGAGGUGGUCUUGGUGGAGGAUAUGGAGGCGGUGCUGGAGGCGGUGCUGGAGGCGGUGCCGGCGGUGGUUCAGGAGGUGGUCUUGGUGGAGGAUACGGAGGUGGUGCUGGAGGCGGUGCCGGCGGUGGUUCAGGAGGUGGUCUCGGUGGAGGAUAUGGGGGAGGUGCCGGGGGAGGACUUGGAGGAGGCGCUGGUAGCGAUGGAGGAUUUGGAGGAGGUGCUGGUGGUGGUGGAGGAGUUGGUGGUGGAUUUUAGACUUCAAGCGGAGAUUCAUCUUACAGAGAGCGCAUCUUAUUAAACUUGCUGCCAAUAUGAAGAGCACAGGCAUACUACUAUAUUGUACUCUCUAAACUACAGAGAACAGCAUGCAUUUAUCAAAAUUAUCAUGUAUGUUGUUUUUCAUAUCCAAAUAAAAUUAUAGAUUUAUAUAAGUUUUAUUAGAUAA